UAAAACGACAGCCCGUUGUAGACUAUUUGUAGCAAGAGUGAUGUAAGGAGUCUCAAACAAAUCGACGUUGUCUGAAUCUGUCUGAAGCUCAUUUAUUCCAAAGCGCAGCAUCCACAUAAAGACGCGUUGUUCACGCACAGAGGAGGACACAAAUUAUAACAAAUAUCCCUUAAAAAGUAGCGAAGAUGGUGUCCGCUGGACUGGAGAUCCUUGGGCUGGGGCUGUGCGUCAUUGGCUCGCUCCUGGUGAUGGUGGUGUGCGGGCUGCCCAUGUGGAAGGUAACGGCGUUCAUCGAGGCCAACAUUGUGGUGGCUCAGACCAUCUGGGAUGGGCUCUGGAUGUCUUGUGUGGUGCAGAGCACCGGCCAGAUGCAGUGCAAGGUGCACGACUCGGUCCUUGCGCUCGGCCACGACCUGCAGGCGGCGCGAGCCCUCACCGUCAUCUCGUGUGUGUUUGGCGUGCUGGGGCUGAUGGUGGUGGUCGCCGGGGCGCAGUGCACCAACUGCAUUAGCGCCGAGAACGUCAAAACCCGGGUGGUGAACGCCGGAGGGGUUAUCUACAUCACCAGUGGGUUGUUUGUGUUAGUACCUCUCUGCUGGAUGGCCAACAACAUCAUCUCUGACUUCUACAACCCACAGGUGCCCGCGUCCAAAAAGAGGGAGAUCGGGGCCGCGCUCUACAUCGGUUGGGCGGCCACGGCGCUCCUGCUGGUCGGGGGCGCGCUACUCUGCUGCUCUUGUCCUUCUAACGGGAAUUCGGGCUAUUCGGCCAAAUAUUCCCCGACCAAACGGGCCACACCAAACGGGACCGGAGACUAUGACAAAAGGAAUUACGUGUAGCCCUGCUUCCCACCCUCGGGAUGGGGUAGCUAUGCUUUGCGUAAAUGUGCUGUGAUCUUUUGAAAAACUAUUUUUUUAAACGUAUUUUUUGCACCUGCAGUUUACGCUGAACUUUGAAAUCAAUUAAAGCAUCAUUUUGUUACACUGACUAUAAACUAAACACAAUAUUGGAGAACAUAUUCGUUCAUCAUUUUUGCAAACAGCAGAAAAUAAACUUUUUUGGAGACUAUGCAUAUACGUCUGGAUAUAAAGUGAUAGCCAAUUACAAAAAUGAGCGUCUUUGUUUUAGGUACCUGUAUUUUUAAAUGUCCUAGUCUAUAUUUUCAAUGAUCGCUCAUAAUCCCUUGCAUUUUGAAAUGUUUACCAUUGUGAAGUUUUUUUCCUAAAGGAAGAUUAUACGACUGAAUAUAUCCACUGUUUUUUUACUUCAGUGUAGGCUACAGUUACUGUGAUUUCGGAGUGGUAGCACUCCAAACCACCUAAAAGGUUUUUGGACAGUGGAUUUUUGCUUCAUGGGACUGUGGGACGAGCUAAAAAAAUACAUGUAGGCUAGGCCUAUUUUUAAGGAAACACAACUCAGGCGUCCUUAUAUGUGUCUAUAAUAGUGGAAUAUAAUCUAUUUUACAAAAAUUAGGACCAUAGAUUUAGAUGCCAAAUAUAGGAUGUCCAGUCCACUUCACCUGUUUUCAGAUGAAACUUUUAAAAGUUUGCAAAUGUGAGUUUUAUAUCUGUAUGUAGAAGCUGUACUGGAUGUGUUUCAUGUCAUGAAUUUGUAGGAAUACACUGCUGUUUUACUCACUGGUUUUGUUGAUGUUUGAUGUAAAGAUCCAUUAUAUAUUUCAUGCAAUAUUCUUUCCAAUGUUAAACUGAGAUUAAACU